AAUAUCGCAAGGAUUGCGUCGUCCACGGUGCUCAGUUGAAUUCCAUUGCCGUCCAUUAAAACAGCCGACUUGGAAAAUACAAUAUCAAAGUGUGCUCAGUUUUACCACAAGCUCGCGUGCGUAAUUAUCGUCAAGGAUGACAUAUUUGUGGAGCGAGGAUAUUAAGAAACGCUCCACGCAUGUAUAAGGUACGCAUCUUCGACCCCGCAUUGCCUGGCAAAACGGAACAAUUGGUGGAUAAUUCUCCUCGUGACUUCAGUUGAGCAUAUUUCAUCGCUGAAAUACAGAGGAACUCGAAUGUGUGUUCUGUCAUGAGUCCAGCCGGGUGUUCCCAUGUGAACGGUUUCAAAGUGGACAACUGGAAGCAGAAUCUGCGGGUCAUAUACCAGUGCUUUGUGUGGAGUGGCUCUGCCGAAACCAGGAAACGCAAGGCGAAGUCAUGUAUAUGUCACAUGUGUGGAGCUCAUUUAAACCGACUUCACUCCUGUCUCCAUUGUGUGUUCUUCGGCUGUUUCAGCAAGAAACACAUCCACGAGCACGCCAAAAACAAGAGACACAACCUAGCUAUAGACCUUUUGUAUGGUGGAAUAUAUUGCUUUGUGUGCCAAGACUACAUAUACGACAAAGACAUGGAGCAGAUUGCCAAAGAAGAACAAAGAAAAGCAUGGAAAUUGCAAGGUAUUGGAGAGAAAUAUUCAAUGUGGGAGCCUACGAAACGAGAACUGGAGUUGCUGCGACACAACCCCAAACGAAGAAAAAUCACAGCAAACUGCACCAUCGGAUUGAGGGGUUUGAUAAACCUUGGGAACACAUGCUUUAUGAACUGUAUUGUUCAGGCUCUCACACACACUCCGCUGCUGAGGGAUUUCUUCCUGUCCGACAGACACAAGUGUGAGAUGCAGUCCAACUCUUGCCUAGUGUGUGAAAUGUCUCAGCUCUUUCAGGAGUUCUACUCGGGUCACCGCUCUCCUCACAUUCCCUUCCGGUUGCUGCACCUCGUCUGGACUCACGCACGACACCUCGCUGGAUACGAGCAGCAGGACGCUCACGAGUUCCUCAUCGCUGCUCUGGAUGUGCUGCAUAGACACUGCAAAGGAGAUGACAAUGGGAAAAAAGCCAACAACCCAAACCACUGCAACUGCAUCAUUGACCAAAUCUUCACAGGAGGCCUGCAGUCUGACGUCACCUGCCAAGUCUGCCAUGGGGUUUCCACAACAAUAGACCCGUUCUGGGACAUUAGCUUGGAUCUUCCGGGUUCGUCCACCCCGUUCUGGCCGCUCAGCCCGGGCAGUGAUGGCAGCGUGGUGAACGGAGACAGUCACCCCACCGGAGCGACCACACUCACAGACUGCUUACGCAGGUUCACCCGACCUGAACACUUAGGAAGCAGCGCCAAGAUCAAAUGCAGUGGUUGCCAUAGUUACCAGGAGUCCACCAAGCAGCUGACUAUGAAGAGACUUCCUAUUGUGGCGUGUUUCCACCUGAAACGGUUUGAGCAUUCAGCGAAGCUCCGGCGGAAGAUCACCACCUACGUGUCCUUUCCUCUGGAGCUGGACAUGACGCCCUUCAUGGCCUCCAGUAAAGAGAGCCGAAUGAACGGACAGUACCAGCAGCCAGUGGACUCAUUAAACAACGAUAACAAGUAUUCUCUGUUCGCGGUGGUGAAUCAUCAGGGCACGUUGGAGAGCGGCCAUUACACCACAUUCAUUCGGCAGCACAAGGACCAGUGGUUUAAAUGUGAUGACGCCAUUAUCACUAAAGCCAGCAUUAAAGACGUUCUGGACAGCGAAGGGUACUUGUUAUUUUACCAUAAACAGUUCCUUGAAUACGAAUAAGCCCAGAUCCAGAAGCGGUCCGAGUCAAAAGCUGUGAAGGGAAGAUCAUAUGAGUGAUGGCGGGAUGGAGAGCAGGAAGAAGCAUCCGGCCUGACACUUGCUCAUCCCAGGAGAGCUGGCAAGAACAGAAGAGUAAAAAUGCAGCCUUUCUCACUUCAGAAAAUAAAAACAACAAAAUAAGAAAUGAAAUUUAAAAAAAAAAAUAAAAUAAAAAAUGACACAGCUAAACCAAUCUGCACUGAGCAACCGGAGCAUACUUGACAGAAAGAGGAGGAGAUGAUGGAGAAACCUCCGGCACUACAGACACACACAGACUGACAUCUCAUCACGCGCACUUCACUUUUAGUUGCGUUUUCACGAAGAAAGAAUAUAGAGCAUUCACGUGCAUCAGUUCCCCUCAUCCUCAAAUGAUUUCUCGAGAAGUAUAUGAGGGGAAAAAUAUUCCUUUUUUAUUUCUUCGUAUGCAUUAUUGAUGUACUGAAUGCAAAAGAAAGGUGUUAUUGACUUCAGCGUAAACCUAUAUUGUUGGUUGAGUUUGGAAAUACUGUCCUUGUCCAGCACUUUUUAUUAUUUUUUCAUUCAGAAAAGCUCGUUUUUGUCGUCAUUGUCGUUUUUUUUGUUUUUUUUUUUGGUUGAGGGCUGAAAAUGUAUCUCGCACACACACACGCACACAUAAAUCUAUAUAUAAAUAUAUUUUUAUAAGUCCUUCAUUUCCUGUUUACGUGUCCUAUACCACCAUCUUUUCUCUUUAUGUGCUUAAAGUCUUGGAUAUGAGUGGAAAGAAGGUAUUUUUGCUUCGUUGCGUCAGAUCUUUGGUUGGACAUGAGAAGUUUCAGUUGCAGAUGAAUGUGGCUGCAGGUUUGUUUGGUUGUGAAGGCUUGUGUUUCAGACGCAUUGUGAAUGAAGACGUUUUCUUUCUGUUCGUGUGAUGCCUGUCGCCACCAUGGCUCGAUUCAGCAGUGUUAUCCUCAGCCACAUGUCGAGUGUGAGUGUGUGUGCGCAUGUAUGCAUAUCACGUGUAUAUGUGUGCUGUUGAGCGUGCGUGUGUGUGUGUGUGUGCGUGCGCAUGCAGGUAUGUGGGCACCUGUGUGUUGGUGGUGUUAAUGUGUGUGUGUGUGUGUGUGUGUGUGUGUGUGUGUGUGUGUGUGUGUGUGUGUGUGU